AUGUCGGCACGCACCCAUUUGACACGUCUCAGAGCCAGACGCCUGUUGCACUUUUCGACCAGGAAAUACACGACAAACACUCACAUCACAAUCAAAACGCCUAAAGGAACUACGAUAUCAUGUCCUUCCGGCCUGUACAUAAACGGCGACUUUAUCCCAUCAUCAUCAGGCAAAAAGAUCCCCUCAAUAAACCCUUCAACCGGUGAAACGUUUGCUCACAUAUACGAAGCCGACGCAGCAGACGUCGAUAAAGCUGUAUCAGCAGCGCAAUUAGCUACAACUGAAUGGGCGAAAAUAUCACCACAAGAACGUGGCAGGAUCAUGUUUCGAUUUUGUGAUCUUGUCGAAGCACAAAAGGAUACCUUUGCAGAGAUAGAGAGUAUGGAUAACGGGAAGGCGCUGAAGGAUAUGUAUAAUGUUGAUAUACCAGAUUUUUUGGGUGUUUUGAGGUAUUAUGCCGGUUGGAGUGAUAAAAUAUAUGGACAACACGUGGACGUAGAUCCCAACUUCCAUACCUAUACGAAACAUGAACCGCUGGGUGUCGUUGGUCAAAUCCUUCCAUUCAAUUAUCCUAUGGUCAUGGCGGCAUGGAAGUUGGGCCCAGCACUAGCAACCGGCAACACAAUUGUCCUAAAAUCGUCAGAGAAGACACCACUAACUGCAUUAUACAUGUGUCAAAUGUGGGAGGAGGCCGGUUUACCAAAGGGAGUUCUGAAUGUGUUGUCUGGAUCCGGUGCUGCCGGUCACGCGCUAGCGUUUCAUAUGGAUGUGCAGAAGAUUGCAUUCACGGGGUCGACUGCUACUGGACGAAAGGUUAUGGAAGCUGCUGCAAAAUCGAAUCUAAAGAAGGUAUCUCUUGAGCUGGGUGGAAAGUCGGCUCAAAUUGUGUUUGAAGACGCCGAUCUCGAUCAAUCGGCAUAUUGGGUCUCACGAGGUAUAUUUGACAACAUGGGACAAAACUGCAAUGCAGGGUCUCGCGUCUUUGUUCAUGAGUCGAUUCACGAUGUCUUUGUGGAGAAACUUAGAGCUGAAGCACUUAAGUUACGUGUUGGAGAUCCGUUUACGGAUGUUGAGAUGGGACCUCUGGUUGAUGAAAUCCAAUUUAAAAAAGUUCUUGGUAUGAUCGAAGAUGGUAAACGAUCUGGUGCUAGAGUCGUGACUGGAGGUGAUCGAAAAGGAACAAAAGGGUUCUUUGUGAACCCAACUGUGUUUUCAGAGGUCAAGGAUAGCAUGAAGAUCGCCACAGAUGAGAUCUUUGGGCCAGUCAUUGUCGUGCUAAAAUUCAAGGACUUUGACGAUGUCAUAUCACGAGCGAAUGCAUCACCAUACGGACUCGCUGGAGGAGUACAUACAAAAUCGAUCAAGACAGCAUUCAAGGCUGUGAAUGCUUUGAAGGCUGGAACUAUAUGGGCCAAUAUGUAUAAUAUCACGCAUCAUCAGAUGCCUUUCGGUGGUUUCAAAAGCUCUGGUAUUGGACGAGAGCUCGGAUCUUAUGCCCUACAGGAAUAUACUGAGGUCAAAUCGGUCUACGUCAACUUGGAAUGA